GACAACACUAGGCUUCGGCUGCCAUGAUUUGGCGUUUGUCUUGUCAUCUAUUAGUGCAUCGUCUAGAAAAUUACGAAAAUGUUUUAUGAAAAGCUUUAUUGGGGGCAACUGUUCUUAGUAUCUAUUUUAAUUAGUUCUAUUGUAGCAGAAUGGAACACAAGGGAUUACAUAAGACGAGAACAUUCACUCACAAAACCGUACCAAGGAGGUGGGUAUUCGGUGCCUUACUGGGACUUCUUAGGUAACACUAUAGUGACUUCGAACUACGUGAGACUAACUCCGGACCUGCAAUCGAAGUCUGGAGCGAUUUGGAACACAGUUCCAUGUCAAACGCGCAACUGGGAGCUGCAAGUCCAGUUCAAAGUCCACGGUCGUGGUAAGGACCUGUUCGGCGAUGGGUUCGCGAUAUGGUACGUGCGCGACCGCAUGCAGACGGGGCCCGUGUUCGGCAGCAAGGACUACUUCCAGGGCCUGGCCAUCAUUCUUGAUACCUACAGCAAUCAUAAUGGUGCUCAUAAUCACCAGCACCCGUACAUAUCGGCGAUGAUAAACAACGGGUCGCUGCACUACGACCACGACCGCGACGGCACGCACACGCAGAUCGCGGGCUGCGAGGCCAAGUUCCGCAACUACAACCACGACACGCACAUCUCUAUCACUUACGUCGAUGAUACGCUCACUGUAUCAACAGACUUAGAAGGCAAGAACGCGUGGAAGGAGUGCUUCAAAGUGGAGAAUGUGUUGCUGCCGACCGGGUACUUCUACGGCGCGUCGGCCACCACCGGCGACCUCAGCGACAACCACGACAUCAUCGCCAUUAAGAUGUUCGAGCUCGACUUGUUGGAGGCUCAAAACAAAGACGAAGAUCGUUCCCAGAUUAUUCCUUCGGCUGCAUCAUUCGAGGCUCCUCGCGAGAGGAUCGAGGACUCGAAGCCAGCGAUGUCAGGAGUCAAAACCUUCCUAUACAUGAUGGCCAUAGCAAUAGUAAUCAUAGUACUAGUCGUCCUUGGCAUCAUGUACUACCAAAAACGUCAGGAGCAAAGCCGAAAGCGACUUUAUUGAAGUAAUAAUAAAACUUUAAUUAAUUGGUUUCAAUGACAUUCCUAUAUCGUUUUUUUUUUUUGCAAUGUUUCGGUUUUUUCGUCUGUGAGGGUAGUUGUGAAUUUGUUGUUGCCAAAAUUCUCUGUUGUUAAAUGAAAUGGUAAUUUGUGUCGAACUAGUUUUCAAUUAUGGAAUGACAGUUAUUAUUUUAACUGCUAUGUAAAAGAAAAGAGAUCUUUUGCUCACUAGAUGGCCCCAAUCUAGCCAGAGGUCUGUUUGUCCAAUCACAGUUGCGGUCAAAUAUUGAACGUCAAAUGGUAUGAAACUAUCUAAUUCCCUAUUGGACGAAGAACGAUAUGUUCACACUAGGGCCAUCUAUUGAGUAAAAAUAUAGUAGCCCCGUCAUUGUAACAUCGUCGCUAUUAAAAUACGUAUGAAUAAGCGAGAUAGGACUAUAUUUUGAAACUAAUUUUGGCUUCAUUUUCACUUGUUUUUUAUUUUUGUUCAUAAACUACCCUAUUAAGGUCAAAAUAAAUUAAGAAGAUUAUUUAUCAUUUAAUAAAAGGAAUGUCUGAAGUAUACAGAAUGAUAUUUUUUGCGGUGGUAGAUUUAUUACUGGUGAGUGAGUGAGAUAGCGCUAUACGAGAAAGACGCGUUGGAAAGAGACAAACGUCUCUACUAAAAGGUACCAAUUUAACGUUGUGUUAAUGUUAAAAUGUAAUAAAGAAAAAGCAAUAUGGUUUCGUAAUAACAAUAAUUUUAUUGUUUGUUUAAGUAUUCAUACAAAAUAUAACACCAAGACUUUAUAUUACAAAUUUAUGAAACUUAAAAGACUAAUUGUAACGAUAUAUUUCUAAGAUUUGUAACUCCAAAUGAAUUAUUCUUUAAUUAAUGUAUUUAAUAUUCUACAAAACUUAGUUUCAAGAAAAGUAAAGUCACUUAGAUUUGUUAAUAGAUUUUCAACUGUAUGACACAAGUAUAAGAGUUGAAAAUCGUUUAAUAAAAUUCACGACUUGGUACCCGAAUGUAGUCUUUAUCAAAGUUGGGACUAUUUUUGGGAUAGGUUUUGUGUUAUUAGUAUCGUAAUUCAGUUUCGUUUUAAAAUCCCAAAACAAUUCUAUAUAACAAAAGCAUGGGAUUCUAUUUAUUUGUGUAAAGAAAGUCCAUUUCAAUAAUUUUAAUUUCUACCAAAAGUAAUUAAAACGCAUUUCGUCAAACCCAAGAAUAUUUGUAACCUUACUUUAAAUCGACCUAAAGACGCUAAAUGACAUGCAAUUGUGAACCUUACAUUAAUCGAUAUAAGAUACAUUUUUAUUUAUUCGAAGAAAUCUCAUGACAACUAGAUUUUUGGUUGUUUGUGGUCAUUUAUUUAAGUUUAAAAAUCAUCGUAGUCAUUGAAUAACUCGAAUUAUAUGGUUAUGUAGACAGAGAGAAUGGUAUGUUGUUCUCAAAACUAUAUACAAACUUCAGAGUCGGGUAAAGUAUUAUAAUUUUCGCUUCAAAAAACAAUACAAAUAAAGGUGCUGCAUGUUAUUAGUUUUGUUCUCCAUCCAUCCUGAAUUGAUACAAGAAUAAUUUUAAACUUAUAGGGAAUAACGUACAUAAUUUUUCAUUCGUUUAAAAUUGUCUAGGAUGGUCAUUUAAAAGUCAACUUAAUGUAUAUAGUAUUAAGUCGAAUUUAACUUGUACUUCGUCCAGAACUUAGAAAUAGUGAUACCUAAUCAUUCUCUUUGUCUAUAUACUAUAGCGUUGGUGUUAUUUCUAAUUAUCCUAAAGUUAGACUGCAUUUAAAACAUUGUAAUUUGAAAUCUAUGUCCAUAGCAAUAAAGUUUAUUUUUCAAUAACAAUAAAAUAUUUUUGUAGUGAAAUGUAGAUUGUCGAAAUACAACUUUAAAUGCAGUCUUACAGGCUAUAUUUAUUUAUGUAGUCUUUUAAGUACAUUGCAAUGUAUCAAUUCUAUAAAUAAACCUUAGUACGAGUUUACUUUAUGUUUAAAGUAAUCGAAACGGCAGCGCGUUCGGCUCUCUGAUUGGCCGGCUUGAAUUAACUAACCAAUCAGAGCGCCGAGCGCGCACUCAUACUAAGGAUACGGUUCUCUGCACAUCGAACCGUGAGGCUGCUGUUCCACUGACGCGGAGCGAGGCGGAGAGGAGCUUAGUGGUGCAUGAAUUGACCAAUCACUAUGCUCGAAAUCUUUUCCAUUGAAGCGGAGCGGAGAUUUGGAGCAUAGUGAUUGGUCUAUUCGUGCACCGCUAAGCCCUCUCCGCCCCGCUCCGCGUCAUUGGAACCGCAGUCUGAUUAACCAGUUUAUCAUGGUCUCGCUUUGAAUGAUCUUUCAGUACAUUCGACGGUCAGAUUAAACUGGUUUAUCAUAGUUUAGUGUGUGUAGAAUUGAUACAAUCAUACAUUAAAUAUGUAUAGUCAUUAUUUUUAUCGCUUAUUCUUGCUCAGUAUAUCAAGAAAUAGUUAUUCAAUUAUUAUGUUUUGUCUACUUUAUAAGUUGAAGUUAUGGUUAAUAUUAUCAAACUGCAAACUGUAAAUGAGAAUUUAGCGCCAUAUUGAAAUCGCUAUGGAAACACUCUACUAACAAGUAUUGUUUAAAACAUCGAUUACUCUAAUGACUACAAUCAUUAGUAAUUGGGCGAACCUCCAAAAAAAAUCAUAAAGAGUUAACGUUGUCAUUAUCCUAAACCAAAAGUUAUCAAUUCUGUCGAUUGAAACCCAAAAUUUCGUUCAACCAAUCCGAUAAAAAUAAGGAUGAUAAUAAGCUACCACGAUGCUUAAUAUCGCGACAGAAUAAUGACAAAUGUUAAAGUUUUUUGAAGAAACACCCAAUUGUGUUUAUGCGUCCAUCACAAGUUUAAAAUAGAAAUUAAGGACCCUUUAUAACAUUAAUGGUCAAUUUGUUCACAUUUAAAUUAUUUGAAGCCACCAUCUAAAACCUAUGAACUUAUGAAACUUCAUCAUUUCCAAAUUCAGUAAAAAAAAGCAAAUUAACUUUUGAAAAAUAUUCUUUUACGUGUCAUUUACAUGUAAAAAAGGUUAAUUGAAGUUUGUUAUUAUUAAAUAAUAAUAAUUUAUCUUUAAGUUGUUUACAUUUGAACGAUUUUCCACACAAAUACUUGCGUAGUUUUUACAAAUGAUGUGUAACUAUUAAGAAAAUAUUUAUUUAUAUUAUAAUUUAGUUCCUUUUGCAAUAAGUGUUGAAAAUGGUUCAUUUGUAACGUAAUCAUUAGUUUAUCUGGACGAGUGAUGUAUGUGUGUUUAAUAAAAUAUGGUUUAUAUAAACUUUUCA